ACCAACUUAAACGGUCAGUUCGACGCAGACAGAGCACAGCGCACAUAGGAAUGUUCGAAGUCAAUUAUACAUAUAAUUUCCCCAUUGGUACCAAAAAAGGAACAAGAAAUUUCAAUUCUCCCAUACACAGAGGGUUGUCUUUCCGAUCCGCCGAUUACCGGAGCAAGUUUGACCACUCCACCCCAAGACCCCAUCCCUCGCCGCCGGCAAAUUCUCUUCUGUUUAAAUAACUCGGCGAUUCCUUCAAUUCAUUGGUUAGCCGAACAGAUAAGAUUGCCAAAAAUGUCGUCCAGUGGUUCUCCCGGCAAUCCGCUGCUCCCGGUUUCGGUCUCUCCCGGCGACGAAGAGAAAGAGAAGCUCAUCAAAGGAGACGAGAAGGAGAAAUUCUUUAGAGGCUCCGCCAUGACCAAACGAGGCGCUUACGCUGCCAUCUCGUACAUGGCUUGUGCCGUUCUUCUUGUAAUGUUCAACAAAGCGGCCCUCUCUUCGUACAGCUUUCCAAGUGCCAAUGUCAUAACACUCUUUCAGAUGAUAUCGUCAUGCUCGUUCCUGUAUGCUUUAAGGAGAUUGAGGAUUAUAUCCUUCAGUGCAGCUGAAUCUAUGACUACUUCUGAUAGUGGCAGUGUUACUUUUGUGCCAUUGGAGACGUUGCUGCAUACUCUUCCUCUGUCGAUUGCCUACUUGCUUUACAUGCUAGUUACAAUGGAGUCGGUGCGUGGAGUUAAUGUUCCCAUGUACACUACUCUGAGGAGGACUACGGUAGUAUUUACAAUGAUCAUGGAGUACUUUCUUGCUGGCCAGAGAUACACAUCUCCGAUUGUUGGAAGUGUGGGGUUGAUAGUUUUUGGUGCUGUUAUUGCUGGGGCACGGGACUUAUCGUUUGACUUCUAUGGAUAUGCUAUUGUCUUCUUGGCCAAUAUCACGACAGCCAUAUAUCUUGCAACCAUAAGCCGCAUUGGUUUCGCUCUUGAACUCUUCUCUUAUAGUUUCACAUUUGUCGGAAAGUCUACUGGCCUUAAUAGCUUUGGUCUUAUGUGGUGCAAUGGAGUUAUAUGUGGACCUGUUCUCCUGUUUUGGACAUUUAUACGUGGGGAUUUGGUGACGACAAUGCAUUUCCCUGAUCUUUUUUCACCUGGUUUUGUGGCUGUGAUGGUUCUUUCUUGCAUACUGGCAUUCUUCUUGAAUUACAGCAUUUUUCUGAAUACAACACUCAAUUCAGCGCUGACACAGACAAUUUGUGGCAAUCUCAAGGAUUUCUUCACUAUUGGAAUUGGUUGGGCAGUAUUUGGCGGACUCCCUUUCGACAUUUUUAAUAUUCUUGGCCAAUUCCUUGGUUUCUUCGGCUCUGGGUUGUAUGCUUACUUCAAGCUGAAAGGGAGAUAACUAAGUCGUUUUAACCACCACUGCAAGGUGAACAACAAUUCACUUAUUGGAAGUCGGUUGAACUGCCUCUGAUACUCGAGUCACAUUACUCCUUUGUAUUCUCAGCAAGACAGCUUAACAGAUUGGUAGAAGAUAUCUACUACUCGAAGGCCGGUUCUCUGGGUUCUGGCUUUUCGUGUGUUAUAGCAACUGACCUUAUUCGGGCUUACAAGUUACAUCUGACUGAGUCCUGACUGCAGAAAGUUCCAUUGGAGGCCGCUCGCCUAAUGACUGGGAAUAGUGGCAUGUAUAACGGGUCAUGCAUCCUUCCAAAUUUUGGCUUUCUACUCGUACUGCUGAUCCUCCAGGUUUCUCUGCUAGUUUCCCCCCUUGUUUAGAAAGGUUAUCGAUUCCAUUCCAUCAUAGGUAUUUUGUACAUUGCUGCGCAAGGCAGUUAUGAAUGUUAAUGGUUAAGAGUUGAGCUGUCUUUGGUUUUUGCAUACUGAUAUUUUUGUUAUAUAGUGGAAGCUUGGUUCUUUCAAACCUAGUGGUGCUCUCAGGCUGAUCUCUGUAGAUGCUAUUUUCAAAUUUUGACUAUGAUGAUUUCUCUGUCACCG